AUGGGUUACAGUUUUUCACGAGCACAGAUGGAAGACUACAAGGAACUCGUCAAGAGUCGUUUCUCAGAAGAGGCAAUCGAGUUCCUGUAUAUCAAGUUCCACAAGGCGGCGCCGGAUGGACUCAUGACUCCUAUACAAUUCAAGCGCUACAUUGAUAGUACCGGUGUAUACAAGAAUUAUAAACGUACGCACCUCACUACUUCAUCAGGUGGGUAUAAUAACAGUAACGGUGGUUACAAUGAUCAUACGGCGUCAAGAAUGACUUCUAUACAAGUUGUGGAUCAGGAGAUGUAUUUGCAUCUUUUUCGUGGUUAUGAUCGUGAUUGUGAUGGUGUAAUUUCCUUCCGAGAGUUCCUACUAUAUCAUCUUGCUGUGAUGUAUAGUACAGAGGAGUUGUUUGUUGUUGUUUUUAACGCUUAUGAUGAUGAUCAAGACGGAUAUCUUUCUCAUAAUGAUAUAUACAAUACCAUUACCGCUGCAACUCGUUAUGUGGGUGACUGCGACGUUGAGGACCGUGAAGUGAAACGUGUUAUCAAUGAAGAGACACAACGUCUCAUGUACUUUCUAGAUGUGCGGAAAGACGGACGAAUUCGAAGGGAUGACAUGCGUCUUAUCACACAGAAACACCCUGAGGUGCUGGAGAAGAUGAAGAAUUUAAUGUAG